ACUUUCAUGGAAACCUUAAAGUGUAACAACACCUGGCAUCUCAUUCUUAGGUUGGACACGAUCGCCAAACUACUGCAUUCUCAUCCACUGUCAACAGAAGGACGUCGUCGGGUUUAUGCUGCGUCAGUAAUUGACCUACAGCCAAAUCGACUCACGUACGAGAGCGACCCCGACCAGUUUGACUGGUCUCAGCAAGCACACAUGGGCCAGGCUGGUACUCACAAUAUCAUGAUGCAUGGUUUGACAAGUCAACAGAAUGCCCCCUCGGUGGUUGGCUGGAGAAGAAAAUCCAGAAUGUCGGAUGAACCUAGAGCCAUGGAUGAGGUUUUGUUUCGAGUUUUUCAUAAUGUGGCAUACUUAGAAGACCCCUCUGUUUCCCAUCCAUCCAACAACAAGCCCGUCCCAUACGACCAUAGUUCAUGGGUGGCAGAUCGACUACGAGAACGGAUUGAACUUUAUCGCAAAUGGAUGUCGCCAAAACAGUGGAAGCAAUUCCUAUCGGAAACGCUGCCCGGUAGAGAAAACCAACGAUUCAAUCUUGCUCUUUUCGAAGCUGCCUCGGUUGGCGUCCGGCGUGCUGUGGCGGAAUGUCGCUUUCAGUUUCGUUAUGAGAGAUGGAACUGCAGUCAAAGUUCCGACGAAGACACAGCUCUCUUUGGAAAUAUUCUGCUCAAAGGUAUUCCACAAACAGCUUUCGUCUAUUCCAUCAUUAACGCCGGUAUCGUUCAGUCUGUUGCUGAAGCCUGCUUGGGACAGAUUGACAACUGUCCGUGCAACAAUCGUGGCCGUGAGAUUUCUAGUGCUGACUGGCAGUGGCAAGGAUGUGAUCAUAACAUUCAUUUCGGCAGCAAAUUCUCGCGGCGCUUAUUGGAUACGAUGGAGCGUGGAUCCCACAUUCGAUAUCGUAUGAAUUUGCAUAACAACAAAGUUGGCCGAAUGGUAAGUUAUAACUCUACGUGUCCAGGACAAAAAGACAAAAUACGUCCAACGUGCGUUGGUGGAGUAGUAGUUACACACUCGCCUCGCAUGUCAGAUGCCCGGGUUUCAAAUCCUGGCACGGUCAAUGGAUAUGCACUGCUGAUGAGCGAAACUCGAGCCCAGUGCUUCCCUUUAGUUGCUGAAACCUCUUCGACGGCCAACAACUGGUUUCACUCUUCUUGGGCUUCAGCAGGUAGGCGCAGCCCUCGAGUUUCCGUCAACCCUGUGUUCUACUUGAACCCGAAUUGCACUAAUUUAGAGAACUACACUCAUUUUCAUGCCAGUUUACUGGUAACCAGAAAUAUGGAACGCCAUUGUCGCUGCCAUGGUACCAGUGGGUCGUGCACACUGAGGACAUGCUACCGCCGGACCCCGAGGAUGCGAACCUUGGGUAAUCUUCUGAAGCAGAUGUAUGAGCGUCACCUAGUGCGACUCCAGCCAAGGCUCUUCAUCGUCAUCAUCAUCAUCAUCAUCAUCAUCGACAGCAUGACAUCAGUGUACAACACCAAUGCUUCACUGCCGUACAACCGUGGUUUAUUUGAAAGCCAUAUCGUAGAUAAAAGAGUAAAGCUUACCACAAUCACUCCGAGGUGCCUAAACCUCCUAGACAAGAACACCACUGACAUCAGUUGGCAGCUGUAUCUUGCAGUGCCUCCAUCCAGGCAUAGUGAGGAUCAGAUGAGUCUAAAUGGAAAUAGUCCUGAUAGAGUCGAAUUUAAACAAACCAAAAGGCAAGAUUACGCUAUAGAUGCGGAGUUUCGUGGUCCCAAUUGGCAGCAGAAACUCCCAAAUCAGUUCACUCCAAGGCAAAAUCAACCAACCUAUAGGUAUAUGGUUAACCGAGUCCAGAGAACUGCGUAUCAGCAUCCAUUUCCUUUGGGCACAAACGAAGGGAUAUACAAUCGGCAAUGGAACAGACAGAAUCAACAACAACGAGCUCUUCCACCUUGGAAUUUGAAACGCGAUCAAUCUUUUCCUUUGACUGAGAUCAAUCUGACCAAUCCAAGCUACACUCACCUUGUCUACUACGAACCGACGCCAAACAAAUUAUUUUGUGAAGCGGAGCCUCAGCUGCAUAUCACGGGAACACAUGGUCGUGUUUGCAAUUCUAGCUCACUUGGAGCUGACAACUGUCAUCACCUAUGCUGCGGGCGCGGUCAUCUAACGCAUCACUUCUACGUUAUGGAGUCAUGUCAUUGCAAAUUCAUAUGGUGCUGCCGCGUCGAGUGCCAACAGUGUCUGGUACUGAAACGAGUCGAAACUUGCAACUAA